AGAUUCUUUGAAAAUAUCCGAAUCAAAAAAGAACGAACUGACGUCGCUGUUUUGGGCCUGUAGCUUAUCAGAACUGAUCGUUCUUUUCUCUGCUCCUAAAGUUUUGACAUUUUCCUGAAAUCUAGUGACUGCACUCUGGACUGUUACUAACAGGGACGUUUGGUCUUCAUCAUCUGUUAAAAGGCUGAAGUCUGCAGCAUGUCUCUGACAGUGUCUCAAGGUGAGGGUUUGACGGUCAUCACCAUCGCCUCAGACCCGAAGAGCAAAUGGCCCGUACUGUGUCAGGUUUUGAGUUUUCUCUGCUGCAGUCCGGUGUGUUCUGUGUCUCAGAAUAUGAAAAAGAAGCUGACGAACAUCCACACUGCUCUUGGGACUAUGCAGAUAAUAGUUGGAGUCAUCAAUAUUGUGUUUGGGAUUUUGCUUAAAAGCUCUAGGAUAUGGAAUAACAUUACAGAAUCUGGGGUUGUUUUCUGGAUCGGUGGAGUGGUCCUUGUAAUUGGAAUUGUGACUGUUCUUGCAGCUAAGUUUCCCAGUCCUUUCCUACUGGUCAUCACAGUGAUUCUGAAUGUAGUCAGUGCUGCACUGGCAAUCACAGCUGCUGUGCUGUAUUCAGUGGACCUGGCAACUGGAAAUGGUCUAUAUUGUGACACCAGUUAUUACUCGUCUAAUAGCUAUGCUGUAACACCUUCCCCUGAACAGACGAGGAGAACCGAGAUCUGUGUGAAGUACAAGUAUCUCAAUAAGAUGAUCCUCGGAGGGCUAGAUAUCAUGAUGAUAGCGCUGUCGGUCCUUCAGCUCUGUGUGACCAUCAGUUUCUGUGUUUUGACUGGGAAAGCUUUGUGCAAGAAGGAUGAAGAUGUAAAGUCGGUGGAGGAUCCAGAACUUCACAAGCCACUCCUGGAAGAUGACACUCCUGGUCCUGCAUGUUGAAGAAGCAAAAUAUAAAGCAACAAAUAUAUACAGUACAUACAACACCGCUCAAUAUAGUAGUGAGAUGAUUUCCAAUAUGUUUAUUCUUAUCAGGUGGUUACUGCUAGUAAAUGAAGUGCUGCUUUUUGAAAUAAAUGUCUUGAGCACUUUGGCACCAUCCCUUUUUAUAUAUAUAUAUAUAUAUAUAUUUAGAUAGCACCUCCUGACUAUAGUUUAAAAUGCGUACAAGUUUACAUUAUUUAUCUCCGUUCAAAUCUGACCUUAGAUGGAACAGGUUUUCACCCCAAUCUGACAUUUAAAGCAAUAGUUCACCCAGAAAUGAAAA